AAGAUAUCCUAUAAUUCAUAAGGGAUCUAGAUCAACAAUCAAAGAUAAUAUCAAUGAUAAGCUGACUGAAAAGGAGAGAGAACUGAGUCACCGAUAGGUCAAGAAAUUUACUUCCGCUUUCCAACCAGGGCCCGGCAGAAUGGCUCCCGCGAAGAAGGGUGACGAGAAGAAGAAGGGCCGUUCUGCCAUCAGCGAAGUAGUGACCAGAGAAUACACCAUCGACAUUCACAAGCGCAUCCAUGGAGUGGGUUUCAAGAAGCGUGCCCCUCGGGCACUCGAAGAGAUCCGGAAAUUUGCCAUGAAGGAGAUGGGAACUCCAGAUGUGCGCAUUGACACCAGGCUCAACAAAGCUGUCUGGGCUAAAGGAAUAAGGAAUGUUCCAUACCGUAUCCAUGUGCGGUUGUCCAGAAAACGUAACGAGGAUGAAGAUUCACCAAACAAGCUCUACACACUGGUUACCUAUGUACCUGUCACCACUUUCAAAAAUCUACAGACAGUUAAUGUGGAUGAGAACUAAUCUCUGAUUGUCAAAUAAAGGUAUAAAACUGAAAAAAAAAAU